AUGAAUGAGGAUGCUAUCAGCGGCGAGCGCCAUACAAUGGCCGACGCUGUCAAAUCUUCUCCCUCUAACGACUCGACCUUCAGUUCGCCAGCACGAACCCCACCGAAUGCCCUCCAUAAUCGUGGACCAAGGACUAUGCCACGGACUUCCUCGAUCGAUUCCGCAAUUUCGUCUAUAUCCUCCGCCUCUCAUUCACAAAACUCCUCGAUCGACCUCAACUCGUUGAAACCAUCGGAUAUUAAUAAUAUAAUUACAGCAGCUGGUUCUGCGGAAGCAGUAAUUCUACAUCUUUUGAAGGAUAGACAACAUGCAAUCGCACGGAAUGAUCAACUCUGGAGGCUGCUCGAAAAACAACGUGCGCUUGUGCUAGGGUUAAACAGGGACCUAGAACGCGCUAUAAAGGAUAAGGAUCGGUACAAGAAAAAGUUGAAAGAACUACAAAGUCAAGCCCCGCCCUUACCCACGAACAAUCAACAGUCUUUGCCGUUGAGGGAGGCGUCGGCCAAAGUUCAAGCGUCGAACUCGACUACUAUCGUGGAUACUUCCCCUCCGCAGCAUUCAGACAGCUCGCCUCAAGAUGAUUCACCCAAGACCCAAGACUCGACGAAAACAGCUGUGGCGCCAGUGCCACUAUCCGUUCCACAUUCACACGAGAUCUUAGAGGCUGAAAUACCGGAAGAUACUGUCAGUCCCGCACCUCACGCGCAUACCUUUCCUACAGGAACCGCCAACCAGUACGCUUCGAGGAUGCAACACACUCAUGGUCCCCCUGAGCUGCCGCCGCCAAAUCGCAAACCUCCUCCCGCUCCGCUCAAUCUCAGUCAUAUGGCUCGCCGUAGCUCCCCAAUAGACCCGCAUGCAUUUCAGAACUCCGAUUCUGAGUACGAAGAUCGCGACAGAGGCCGGCGAAGAACAAGAGAAGAUGAUGAUAAGGAACGUGAAGCCGCUGUUGUCCGCGAACAGGAAGCUCGCAGUAGGUCCAAGAAGCAAACGUCUGAGCCUUCAUCUAGUGAACAAUCAUCAUUUCCUGCCGUACCUACCGGACUCCCCUCUAGCCCCAGGAAGAUCGUCGCUCAGUCUCCUUCACAAAUGGCUGGUGGGCAGUAUGGUGCGACAGAAUCUCUCGCAGCAAUUGUCAAUUCGAAAGAAUCAGAGCUUAUGCCGCUGGCCGAUCGAAGGGCUAUGUCUCCACCAACCCCUGGCUUACCUCUGAGUCCUCGGCCUGGAGACCGACCCCUAGGAUCUCCCCUCCCAAGACAACCCAGAGAAGGAACAGGUUUGCCCUUUUCGCCGCCGAUGUCACCAAGAGGCACAGUCACAGGUCUUCCUCAAUCUCCUCGUGCAAACAUACAGCCUAGCUUGCAGCCGCAGAAAAAUUUUCACACUGCCGAUGGUCCUGGACCUGAGAUUCCAACCAUUGAUGUCUCUGUCGAGAUUGAUAGUCCACAUUCUCCAUAUGGUUUCAAUAAGACUAUCUAUCAAGGCCUCGUCUCCGAGAAUUACCCUGGUCUUCUUCUGCCACCGAAUGCAUUGCCGUCUAUCGAAGUCAAAGUCGCAUCUUCUCGGCUUCGCCCUUCUAGACACAGUUAUAUCGGCGGCAGACCCGAGGAGGAACCCGUUUUUGUCCUCAGUGUCUUCUCACGCUUUGAUGGAGCGGAGCUAUGGCGUGUAGAAAAGGCGAUUCUUGCACUUCCACAGCUUGAUCAGCAAGUCCGCCAAUCAUGUGACUUCCAAGGAAGAUUACCAGACCGAGCCAUUUUCAGUGGUCACUCUCCAGCCAAGAUUGAUGCCAGAAGGGAAGCGUUGAAUUUAUAUUUCGAAACCCUUCUUGAUACACCAAUGACAGAACCUACAGCCUUGGUGAUCUGUCGCUUCUUGAGCUCCGACGCAAUCGAGCCGCGCGAUGAUGAGACUGUACUAAUGAGAGCUAACGGCAAGUCAACACCUGAACUCGUUCGCGGCCCUGACGGUCGACCAAGGAAAGAAGGCUAUCUCACCAAGAGAGGCAAGAAUUUCGGUGGCUGGAAAUCCAGGUACUUUGUGCUGCAUGGUCCUGAGCUCAAGUAUUUUGAAGGUCCCGGCGGAGCUCAUUUAGGCACAAUCAAGAUACCCAAUGCACAGAUAGGCAAGCAAUCUCAAGGCGGACACAAUCAAUCUCCGUCUCGAACUGAAGAUGACUCUGACAAUCAAUACCGUCACGCUUUUCUCAUUCUCGAACCUAAGAAAAAGGACACCUCAUCCCUUGUACGUCAUGUUCUAUGCGCAGAAAGCGAUGCAGAGAGAGAUUCUUGGGUUGAUGCACUGUUGCAUUACGUUGAAAUACCAUCAUCCGAGGAUGAAAAGCCGAACGCGAAGUCGUCAAACGGCACAAAACAUCCGGCUACUUCAAAUACGAAGCCGCGAUUAUUCCCUGCAGGCAGCAAAAAAGGCAACAAGGGUACUGAGAGCCCCGAUAUUGAAGUACAGGACUCUGUACAGAGCUUUAAGUAUGAUGAUGCUGUUCCUGCUGAACCUCCAGUCUUUGGAACAACGGUGGAUGAGGCCAGUCGAGGAUCUCCGACAUCAAACGACCAUAUUAUUUCCGAUGCUAUGAAUGCGGGAUACAACAACUCAAAGAUCAUAUCUGGUCCAACUAAUGGUUCUGUCAUUCAAGACGUCGGCGCCUGGGGCAAUAAGGCUCCAACUUCGGUGAAAGAGAAGAAACGAAGUAUCUGGGGCUUCAGAGGACAUUCGAACUCAGACCUAGCUCAGGCCGGAGAUUCCGAGUCCCAAAAUCACAAAUCUUCAACAGAGAGGCGAGGAUCUGUUCGACCAGUCUUUGGAAUGCCUCUCGUAGAAGCAGUACAGUACUGCGGGCCGAGAGACGUCGACGUAAAUCUUCCUGCUGUGGUGUACCGCUGUAUCGAAUACUUGGAAGCCAAGAACGCUGCUUCUGAAGAGGGGAUCUUCAGGCUAAGUGGCUCGAACCUGGUGAUUAAGGCACUCAAAGAACGCUUCAAUACCGAGGGAGACGUAGACUUUUCGGCAGGCGAUCAUUACUACGACGUCCAUGCAGUAGCUUCACUGUUCAAACAAUACUUACGAGAGCUACCAACCACUGUCUUAACCCUUGAGCUUCAAUCUGAAUUCAGACGGGUACCUGAACUGGAUGAUCAUGAACGGAAGAUUAGUGCUCUCAGCACAUUGGUGCAUAUGCUUCCCAAGCCGAAUCUUUCUCUUCUUAUGGCUCUUUCUCAAUUUCUCAUUACCAUCAUUAAUAAUUCCGACGUGAACAAAAUGACAGUCCGCAACAUCGGAAUCGUCUUUGCACCGACCUUGAACAUACCCGCGCCUGUCUUUUCCAUGUUUCUCACGGAGUAUGAUAGCAUCUUCAAUAAUGCACCACAGCAAAUACCCCCUACGGAAACAUUAGCGGCACCGGCUUCUUUGAUACCAGAGGAUGUUCGUUCUCCCCGACGUCAAAUGUUCUCAGAGCUACCGACACCGUCGUACGGCCAGACUUCGUUCUAUGUCCCAGACGACGCCGAUCAUCAUCAGUCCCAAGAUGCAAUAAGAGCGAACUACGACACCGGCUUCAUCCCCAUGAUCCCAUCGUAUGACGGAGCAGCACAGAGAGGCAUCGAUCCUCGUCGUCAGCCUUCUAAUGCCCAACGCACGACACGUAUGCUGGAUCCUAACGAAAACAUGAGGUCCACCAAAGCGAAGCGGAGAGAAAGUUCUAUGCUCUUCAUGGAUAUGGGCCAUCGCAAGAGUUCUGCGCCUCGAAUGGGAGACGACCAAACUCUUGUCACACACGAAUCCGCCUUUGAAUGA